CACACCACAGUUUCACAGUUUACUGGACAACUCUGCAGUUGAGUGGCGCGUGUGGCAUUACAAGAGACGCAAACAUUGAACAGACGUAGUUGUCGAACCGCUCGCUCCGAAUAGUAGUAACAAAUCAGACCGAACAAACAAGUGUUGGUGGCAGUAACAGUUUUGACUUAUUGCCAGCAACAACGCGGCCCAAAUUAAGAGCGGUUUAAAUCGUUGAAAAAAAAAAAAGAAAUAAAAACUAAAAAACACACGUGAUUGAUCACAGUGAUAAAAGCCCGGAAAAAAGUGGAAAAAAAUACAAACAAAAACAUCUGGUAUAAAUCAUAACAAAAUAAUACGGAAUAAAUAAUUGAGAGGAAAAAAAUCCUUUGAAACGACAAGAAGGAGAAAAAUUACUGCAGCAAAAUGAGUGCCGUUGAUUCGAUUUUGAAUUUUAAACGUGAUGCCAGCGAGGAUUUCUAUGGCAUGUUGAAUUGUGAUGAAAAUUCAACGGUGGAGCAAAUUCAAGCGGAAUAUAAAGUUUUGGCUCUACAAUACCAUCCGGAUAAGAAUAGUGGCGACAAGGAGGCAGAGGCCAAGUUUCAACAAUUGAAGGAGGCCAAGGAGACGUUGUGCGAUCCCGAGAAACGUGCCAAUUAUGAUAAAUGGCGCAACAGUGGCAUUGCCAUGAGUUACAAGAAUUGGUUGGGUAUGAAGGAACACGUCGGACAGGUGAGAAGAUACACUAUAGCGGAGAAAGUGGAUAAAGAGUCUAUGCACUGGGCUACACCCAAGACCAAGGAUCGCAUGUUGCCAGAGACAGGAGGAACUGGGGCCGGUACUAGUUGCCUAUCGGCUGCCUCACCCAAUCCAGCUCAUCGUCGGGCCUCCGAGGGUGGUGCUGCCCUGUACUAUGGCAAUCGCAAACAGGAAUGGGGCACUGAUAACUCUGAUGUGGCCAAUAAAUUCCGUAAUUAUGAAAUCUAAAGAGGAGAAUUUUCUCCAAAAGCAGAAAUAAGAAAUAAAAUCAAACCAAAUAUGAACCAAUUUUUGUGAAAAUAAAAAAAUUAUAAAAAAAAUUAAUAAAAAAAAAUACAUAAACAAUUUUAGUUGCUGAGUUUUGUUUGUCGAUGGACAACAAAGCAUUUUAGGAAAAUCAUCAUAUCUGAGGAAGAAAUAUUAAAAGUAAAGAUAGUUAUUGGUGAGGGGUAUCUAUGGAACCCCUGGGAUCCAUUUGUAACCAUUAAAUCGAUUGCAUAUUUAUAUCAAAUCCCGUAAAUGUUUUUUUAGAUGUUUAAACUUAAUGUUCACGAUUACCAAAUAUAAAUGUGACAAAUAAAAACAAGAAAUAUGUAAUGAACAAUAAUAAAGUUGAAAAAAUCCUUAAUUAAGAAACUGUAAUUUCAAUAAACCUUGCCUCCCAAACACCAACAACGAGGGGGCAAACACAAUUCAAUUAAAUUUUUAAGUUAAGCAAAAAAAAAAAAAAACAAAAUAAAAAUAUGAAAUAAAAAAUAAUGAAACAAUAAACUUUGAUGUCUUUAUUGAGAAUUUUUAACUGGUGACAUUUUUAAGCUAUCUACACAAAAAAAAAAUAAAUAAAUAAAAAUAAUUAUUCAUAUACAAAUCUACUUACAUGCAUAUAUAAUAUAAACAAUAUUGAAUGUCUAACAGAAUACACCCCUCUAGUGACAAUCCCUUUCAAAAAGUACCACUGACGAUGAAACUAAAUUAAAAAAAAAAAACAACAACAACUAAAUUGAACUCUAAACCACCUUAUUUUAAAAAAAAGAUAUAUAGGAAAAAAUACAUUAAAAAAUAUCAAAAAAUAUAUAUUUAAAAUAAAAAAGCACUACAAAAAAUUAAAUUUAAAUAAGUACGACAGUAUUAAAAAAAAAUACACAAAAACAAAACUAUUUUAAAUAAAUGUUGUUAUAAUUAUUAUAGUAAAUUUUUUGAAAAAAAAAAACACAGAACAACCAAUAGACACACAUAUAUAUUUACCAUGACUAUUUAAAAAAAAAAAAAUUAUAUAUAUACACAGAAAAUCACAUAUAUUUCUUUAGGUGUCCCAUUUCUAAAUGAAACUCAUAUUGGCCGUUGGAAUAAAAUGCAACAUAAAGGCAUGGACAUUUUUUUUAAAUAUAAAAACAAAACAACAUUUUAUUUAAAUGACAACAAAAAAGAACAUGGAGCACAUUUGAAAAAUCCCAAAAAAAAAAAUACAAAGCAACUAAUUUUAAAAAAACUAAAAGCCAUUCAUGCAAAUGAACAACAUCUAAAUGUUUUCUUAAUAAAAAAUAAAUGAAUUAUUAAAAUAAUAUUUAUUGGCGGAAUUCAACAAAUAAUAACAACAAAAUCAACCAUACGAUUUUUAUUCGUGAAAGCUAAGCUAUUACAGGAGCGUUAUGAACAAAUUAAAAAUGGAUUUCAUAUUUUAUCGUUUUUAUUUUUUGCAAGAAGCACAAACAAAAACAAAAAAAAAAAACAUUGUAAUAAAUUGUUUUAUUUUAACAAAAAUCAAAAAAGGAGGAACAAAGUUUGAUGGAUAUAAAAGGGUAAUGUAAUGUCUAUAGAUUUUUGUCUGAUUGAAGUUUUGAAUAAAAAUAAAACAAAUGACUACUGGACUUCAAUCCAUGGUAAAAUAAA